CUUUAUUAUUUUUAGCAAAGUCACAAAUUAAGAUGAACCAGAAUGGAAAGCUGUCAGGAUUUCAGCAAACAGGAAAUGUAUGUUAGCAGCUGAGACAAUGAUUUCUGCUUGCGUUAAGGAGAAACUUCAUACAGUGACAGAACCAUUCCCAAAUGCUCGGAAGUUCCUUGCUGGAUAACCGUGUUUUGAACAGAGUUUUUUGAGUGGCUUCCAUCUUCAUCUGGAAAGAUGUGGAAAGCCUCAGCCGGCCACACCGUGUCCAUCACCCAGGACGACGCAGGAGCUGACGACUGGGAAACCGACCCCGAUUUCGUGAAUGACGUGAGUGAGAAAGAGCAGCGAUGGGGGGCAAAAACCGUGCAGGGGUCUGGGCACCAGGAGCACAUCAACAUCCAUAAACUGAGAGAGAAUGUGUUUCAAGAACACCAGACCCUCAAGGAGAAGGAGCUCGAGACGGGACCCAAAGCCUCACACGGCUACGGAGGGAAGUUUGGCGUGGAGCAGGACAGGAUGGACAAAUCCGCCGUCGGGCACGAAUACCAGUCGAAGCUCGCCAAGCACUGCUCGCAGGUUGACUCCGUCCGGGGGUUUGGAGGCAAGUUUGGUGUCCAGGUGGACAGAGUUGACCAGUCUGCUGUGGGCUUUGAGUACCAGGGCAAAACUGAAAAGCACGCCUCACAGAAAGACUACUCGAGUGGCUUCGGUGGCAAGUAUGGUGUGCAGUCUGACCGCGUGGACAAGAGCGCAGUGGGCUUUGACUACCAGGGCAAAACGGAGAAGCACGAGUCGCAGAGAGAUUACUCCAAAGGUUUUGGCGGCAAGUACGGUAUCGACAAGGACAAGGUGGACAAGAGCGCGGUUGGCUUUGAGUAUCAAGGCAAAACGGAGAAGCACGAGUCCCAGAAAGACUAUGUGAAAGGCUUCGGAGGGAAGUUCGGUGUGCAGACAGACAGACAGGACAAGUGUGCGCUUGGCUGGGAUCACCAGGAGAAGCUGCAGCUGCACGAAUCCCAGAAAGAUUAUAAGGCUGGUUUCGGAGGCAGAUUUGGUGUUCAGUCCGAGAGGCAGGACUCCUGUGCUGUGGGGUUUGAUUACAAGGAGAGACUGGCCAAGCACGAGUCCCAGCAAGACUACUCCAAGGGCUUCGGCGGGAAGUACGGGGUGCAGAAGGACCGCAUGGACAAGAACGCUUCCACCUUUGAGGACGUUGCCACUGUGGCCUCCAGUUAUCAGAAGACUGUGCCUGUGGAGGCAGUGACCAGCAAAACAAGUAACAUCAGAGCGAACUUUGAGAACCUGGCGAAGGAGAAGGAGCAGGAGGACAGGCGGAAGGCGGAGGCAGAGCGGGCACAGAGGAUGGCCAAGGAGCGGCAGGAACAGGAGGAGGCGCGCAGGCAGCUGGACGAGCAAGCCCGGGCCCAGAAGCCCACGCCCCCCGCGUCCCCCACGCCCCAGCCGGCUCAGGAGAGGCCACCUUCGAGCCCCGUCUACGAGGAUGCGACUCCAGUCCAGGCUGAGCCGAGCUAUGCCAGUGAGCCCGAGCCCGUGUACACCCCAGAGGCCACAGAGUACCAGGAGGCCUACGCCCCGGAGGCCGUCUAUGAAAGCACAGAGGGCCCAGGCCACUACCAAGCAGAGGAAGGUACCUACGAUGAGUAUGAAAACGACCUAGGAAUCACAGCCAUCGCCCUCUACGACUACCAGGCUGCGGGCGAUGACGAGAUCUCCUUCGACCCCGACGACAUCAUCACCAACAUCGAGAUGAUCGACGACGGCUGGUGGCGUGGGCUGUGCAAGGGCAGGUACGGGCUCUUCCCGGCCAACUACGUGGAGCUGCGGCAGUAGGCGCCACGCCCUCGGGCAGGUGGCCACGCCUCGCGGCAGAGGACCACGCCCCGCGGCGGAGGGCCACGCCCCUGCAGCGGAUGACGACGCCCCGCGGUGGAUGGCCACGCCCCGCAGCGGAGGACCACGCCCUCGGGCAGGUGACCCCGCCCCCACCGCGGCCACGCCCACCUCCUGGUGGUGUCUUCCGGGUGUGGAGGGGAGCAUUCGCACUGCUUUUAUAUUUAAUACUUCUGCUGAUGCUUUGGAAAUGUUUACGCCACAGAACUUGCUAAUAUAUUGUAAUCAUUGCU